UCCGGUAAUGAAGGCCUGGUGAACGGCUGCGCGAAGGAGAGUACUUCCUUUUGCUGGUGGCUGGGAGAGCGGAGAGCACGCCAUGAAGGCUUCUGGCACAAAUGGCUGUGAGAAGCAGAUGAAAAUUGCUGAUAAUGAGCCGAAACGGGGAGCGUGAGGCUUAACGCCGUGACACAUACUGGAUAGAACCAAACGGCGUUAUGGCGCAGAGAUAGAACCCGGACUCCCAUGGAGUGGCUACGAGAGUACAAGGUGGUGGGUCGCUGCCUGCCCACCCCCAAAUGCCACACACCACCCCUCUACCGCAUGCGAAUCUUUGCGCCUAAUCAUGUCGUCGCCAAGUCCCGCUUCUGGUACUUCGUAUCUCAGUUAAAGAAGAUGAAGAAGUCUUCAGGGGAGAUUGUCUACUGUGGGCAGGUGUUUGAGAAGUCCCCACUGCGGGUGAAGAACUUCGGAAUCUGGCUGCGCUAUGACUCCCGGAGCGGCACCCACAACAUGUACCGGGAAUACCGGGACCUGACCACUGCGGGCGCUGUCACCCAGUGCUACCGAGACAUGGGUGCCCGGCACCGCGCCCGGGCCCACUCCAUUCAGAUCAUGAAGGUGGAGGAGAUCGCGGCCAGCAAGUGCCGUCGGCCGGCUGUCAAGCAGUUCCAUGACUCCAAGAUCAAGUUCCCGCUGCCCCACCGGGUCCUGCGCCGUCAGCACAAGCCACGCUUCACCACCAAGAGGCCCAACACCUUCUUUUAGGUGCAGGGCUUUUGCCUGGGUAUGCCCCAAAUAAACUCAGGAAUGCCCUGGUG